UGCUCUUCUCAAUUGCGACCAGGUUUAAGGUGUAGAAAAAUGACAGAAAAGCUCGGGUGGACGCUGCUAUUCUUGGCCAUCGCAGUUGCUGCAGUAACCGGUGUGUCUUACAAGAAGGGACUCGGUUUUGGAUGGCAGGAUCUCAAAUGCAGGGAUUUCACUCCUUUUGUUGGGAAACUGGCUUGGUGGUAUGAUUGGCGGGUAAGCGGCAAAGACCAGUGUACUACAGACGACAGCUUGGAAUACGUACCCAUGUUGUGGAACCUGGCUCACGUGCCAAUGAUAACUAACAUCAGAGGAAACAAAUACUUGCUGGGGUUUAACGAGCCGAACUUCAGAGCCCAAUCCAACAUCAGCCCGGAGUUGGCAGCAGAGAAAUGGGUUCAACUUCAGAAAAACGUCCCCGCCAAUGUCAAGAUGGUCAGCCCUGCCGCCGCGCCCUGCGACACAAACGACAAAAGCACAUGCAACAUGCAAUUCUCAACAUGGUUCACGAGAUUCUUCGCGCGCUGCAACCAGCUGGGCGGCUGCCGCAUCGAUUACGUCGCCACCCAUCACUAUACCUGCAACGCCUACGACCUCUUGGGCUUCCUUGGCGCCGUCUAUAAUCAGGUGAAAAAACCACUCUGGGUGACAGAAUUCUCGUGCCCUUGGACCAGAUACGAUGCUACGCCAAUCAAGAAUUUCAUGCGCGCGGCCAUUCCCAUGUUGGAGAAGUCUUCUUUCAUCUACAGGUACGCUUGGUUUGCACACCGUCUUCAAAGCUGUCUGGGAAGCUUUCUAUGCCCAACCAUCAGUCUCAUCGACACCAAUGGCCAAUUGACCGAGUUGGGCCGCCUCUACCUUAGCCUGUAAAAUGA